AUGUAUAAGCUUGAUUUGAAUUUAAGAGAAUAUUUACAACAAAAUCAUAAUCAACUUACAUGGAAUGAAAGAAUUAGAAUUACUUUUGAAAUAAUCAAUGCACUUUAUUAUGUUCAUAAAGAGAAUUCAAUUCAUAGAGAUUUGCAUUCUGGAAAUAUAUUAUAUUCACAGUUUAAUAGUCAUUGGUUUAUUAGUGAUCUUGGAUUUUGUGGCCCUGCAGACAAACCAUCAACAAGUAUAUAUGGAAAUCUUCCUUACAUAGCUCCUGAAGUUAUUAAUGGAAAAGGAUAUACUUUUAAAUCUGAUAUUUAUAGUAUUGCAAUUCUUAUGUGGGAAAUUUCAUUUGGGCAACCUCCAUUUAUGAAUUAUGAACAUGAUUGUAUUUUUGCAAUCAAUAUCAUUGAUGGUAUAAGACCAAAAAUUAUAUCAGAAAUUCCUUCCAAAUAUAAAAAUCUAAUUGAGCAAUGUUGGGAUGCUAAUCCAUUAAAAAGGCCUGAUAUUAAUACACUUCGUGAUAAGAUGAAUGAAAUUAUGACAUAUUAUCGAAAUAAACCUGAUGAACUACCUCUAUCAAUAAUAAAAGUAGGUAAAAAACCAAAUAAUAUAAUGAGUAGUAAAAUAUUUACAAGUAAAAUUCAUAAUUUUGAAAAUCUACAUGAACCAAAAAAUGCAACGGAAGGUAUGCUUUUUAAUGUUUAUUAA